AUUAGGGUUUUGGAAACGCUAGAAAUACCGUAGAUCUCAUUUUCUUUCGCCUUCUAUAUAUUACGAAACCCUUUUUCUCUUUUGAUUCGUUACCAUUUGUGCAGAGAAAUUUCUUCCGAACUUUGAAGAUGGCGGAAGAGAGAUUGACUGGAGUGGUUCAGUGGUUUAACGAUUCCAAGGGGUUUGGCUUUAUCAAGCCAGAUGUGGAAGGCCCGGAUCUGUUUGUUCAUCAAUCCUCCAUUAAAUCCGAUGGCUACCGGAGCCUUGUCGUCGGAGAUCAUGUUGAGUUUCAGAUCGCCCCUGGUGAUGAUGGGAAAUCGAAAGCUAUUGAGGUCGUUGCUCUCGAUGGAUCUUCGGGAAAUCGGAGGGAUAACUUUGGGGGUGGUGGUGGAAGGGGUGGCCGCGGCGGUGGCGGUGGAGGUUAUGGGUUUGGUGGAUGGAGGGGUGGCGAUAGGCGUAAUGGGAGCAGUGGAGCCGGUGGGGGUGGGUGUUAUCAAUGUGGUGAGCAAGGGCAUUUGGCUAGAGAUUGUACUCGUGCUAGUAACCGCGGCGGUGGUGGUGGUGGUGGUGGUGGCUGUUUUACUUGCGGUGAAGUCGGCCACUUAGCGAGGGAUUGUCCACGAGGAAACAGCGGCGGCGGUGCCGGUGGUGGGGCUUGCUAUAAUUGUGGUGGUUUUGGGCAUUUGGCUAGGGAUUGCAAUAGGGGUGGGGCUGGAGGUGGAAGUGGAGGUGGGGGUGGUAGUUGUUUUAAUUGUGGAGAAUAUGGGCAUUUAGCCAGAGAUUGCCAGAAUGAAAGCCGUGGCAGCGGCGGCGGCGGCGGAAGAUUUGGUGGCGGUGGUGCAAACACUUGCUUCAAUUGUGGGAAAUCUGGGCAUUUUGCUAGGGAGUGUCCUGAUGUAAGGAGUGAGACAGAGUAAUAGUAUAUAAUUUUUCCUUUAACCUCAAUAUUGCCCUCGAACUAUGUUCAUCUUUUGGUGUGGAUGUUGGCUAUACGUAGCUUACUUUAGAGGUUUUUUCUUUUUAAUAUUCCAUGGUGGUUUCGCUCUUCAGGGGCAAAUUUUAUUGUUCACACUUGAUGUGGUAAUUUGGUUGAAUGAGGCAUUUUGAUCUUCUUUUCUUGUUUCA